CACAUCCCGCCAAAACAGCUGCUUCUACGUGACUGCAUUGACCGGCAUACGCCGCGUGGUUUUCCCGCCUCAUCCGUGAGUACGUACGUACACAGACCCGUACCGCAAGCUUAGAAGAACUUUCUGGACAUGUUUCACGCGACGAUCAAGGCACCAAGCAACACACGCCCUGUUUCUUAAGGGCGCGCGAAAAAUCUUCCCCGGACCGAAGAAACCCCGACACCAUUGUUUCGAACGAUCAAGAUGCCUUCCACCCAGUCUGUCCUGCGUCUUCCCGUACGGAAAGCGGCCCAUCUAGACGGGAAAACUGGGAGCUGCAAGAAAUUGCUAUCGGCGUCCGUGUGUGACGAGAACGACUCGCAGCAACGGGCCUCCCGCCGUGCGACAAAGAGGCCCAGUCCUCGGAAGUCGUCGACCGAUGACGACGACGGCGGCGACCACCGCCGUUCUGACCGUUUGAGACACGAUGCGUCCAAGCCAGGUACACCGGGUAAGGUCCCAGACGAAACCGAUUUGAGGCAGGAAAAAUACCGGCGCGUGAACAAAAAACUCUUCUCGUGCGACGAAGAGUCCGACGCCGAACCCAGCAAAGACGGACGCACCCCGCGUCAGCAGCCCGAUUCCCCGGUCGGUGCCCCCUUACUGUGCCUCGCCAAAGCGGACACGUCCCUGUACCACAAGGCCAAGCGGACCCUCACGGCCGAGCGUGACGUCACGAUCGUAGGCCGGCAGAAAGAAGUCGAACUGAUAGGGUCGUUCCUGAGGCGGCACUUGGAAGCCGGCUCCUCUGCCAGCAUGUACAUUUCGGGGGCCCCCGGCACGGGCAAGACCGCCUGCCUUUCUCGGGUCCUCGAAGCCGUCAAAGCGACGUACAAGUUUGAGUGUCUGUUUGUCAACUGCAUGUCGCUGAAGACAAGUGCUUCCAUCUACGAGAAGAUCCUGACCGGCCUGGGAGUGCCCAUCAAAGGUAGCGGCCACCUGGACGCCAUCCGUGCAAGAAUCGGUGACAAGGGACGUCCCGUGGUGAUUGUCCUGGACGAAGUCGACCAGCUGGACAGCAAGAACCAGGCCGUGCUCUACUCGCUGUUUGAGCUGCCCCGACUUAAGGGCUCUCGAGCCGUCCUCUUUGGCAUCGCGAACGCGUUGGACCUGACUGAUCGCACCCUCCCGCACCUGCAGGCUUGUGGGAGCAGGCCCGACCUCCUCCACUUUGCGCCCUACUCGAAGAACGAGAUUGCGGCCAUCCUGGCCGACCGCCUACAGGACUGUGCAGCGGUUGUCCACCCGCAGGCCGUCGAGUUCUGUGCCCGCAAGAUUGCCGCGUGCACGGGAGACGUCAGAAAAGCCCUCGACGCCUGCCGACGGGCAGUGGAGCUCGUCGAACGCGGCAGUAGGGCACAGCAACUCCUGGUGCCGCGCCCUCAACAUGGCUACAAUCCCGGCUCGCCGAAGAAGCUGCCGUCUCUCUGGGCGGUUGACGUGGCGCAGAUGGCGCGUGUGCUUGCCGAAGUGCUGGGGUCCCGUGCGACGGGUGGCCGCGACUUGCAUGCCACGCUUCCUCUUCAGCAGAAGCUGCUGCUGUGCGCGCUGGUCGCGACACUGAAGAAGAGGAAGCAGCGGGACGUGGGGCUGGGCGGGCUGCAGGAGGCUUAUGGGCGUAUCUGCCGGAAACAGCAGUGUGCGACGGAUCAGAUGGACUGCCAGUCACUCUGCACCCUGCUCGAGUCGAGGGGACUGAUUCGAGUGAAGAGGCACAGGGAGCAGCGUCUGUGCAAGGUCGCUCUGCAGAUCGACGAGCAGGAGGUGGUGUACGUGCUGCAGGACAAGGCUCUGCUUGCCGCAUGCCUUGACGACGCCUCGUGAAUGGAGAUGCUUUUUAGGACUCGAGUCUUUCACGAGUGUUUGGCGUGCGCGCUCUUCAGAUUGUGCUCGUCGAUCACUCUUCAUCAUAGGGUAUUUUUGGUCUUGCCAGUGUCUGUUUUCGUUUGUACGGGCUCCGGUUAUCAGAACCGGUCAUCACAUUUGCCUCGACGAUGCCUCAUGACUUGGGGUACUUAUCACGUUCCACUCAGUAAUCACUUUUUCACUCUUCACCAUAGGAUAUUUUAAAUUGUGCCUAUUUGCGUGCAUCCUUGUUUGCAUGGGCUCCACUUGUUGGAUCAGGUCAUCACUUGCCUCGUGAACUGGGAUACAUUUUAAGACGAACCUGCAGUGAUUAUUUGGUGUGCACACCAUUCACAUUGACCUUGUCAACCACUCUUCACGAUGGAAUGUUUUUAAUAGUGCCGAUCUCGGCGUGCAUUCUU